AUGUUCGCCCUCUCCGAAGAGUCCAAGGAGCGCAUCGGCAAGAUCAUCGAGAUCUCCAAGAUUGCUAUUCACUACGGCUACCUCCCCUUGGUCCUCUACCUCGGUUACACUCGCAGCGAGCCCCGCCCGCCCUUCAUCCGAAAAGAUGCGGGCCUCUCUCCCGCGCUCGUCGAGUCCGUCGCCGGACUUUCGGCUGGCUCAGUCGCGACUCUGGUAGUUCAUCCGCUCGAUAUCGUCAAAACCCGGAUGCAAAUUCACCGGAGCGCCGCCAACCCCUCGACCACGCUGACGACAAUGUCCCUCAUCCGCACCCUCACCCAGAACCCGCAUCCCAUCGCCUCGCUCUAUCGCGGUCUCACCCCCAACCUAAUCGGUAACGCCUCGAGCUGGUCCGCAUUCUUCUUCUUCAAGAAUCGCGUCGAACUCGCCAUCGCGUACUGGAAAGCCGGAUCACUCCGCACCUCCGGCGACGCCGAGACCCGAAGUUUGACCAAGGAGGUCCUUUCAUCGCACGACUUCUUCAUCUCCUCCGCGCUCGCCGGCGCCCUGACGCAAGUCCUGACAAACCCCGUCUGGGUGCUCAAGACGCGCAUGCUGUCCUCCGAUCGCACCGCCGCCGGCGCCUAUUCGAGCAUGUGGUCUGGCGCGCGUCAGCUGUACCGGUCCGAGGGGUGGAGGGGAUUCUACCGCGGCUUAGGGGUCAGCCUGAUCGGGGUCUCGCACGGGGCGGUGCAGUUUGCUGUCUAUGAGCCCGCGAAGCGUAUGUACUUCGCCGGCAGGAGGCAGAAGGGCGACAACGGCGGCCGGCUCAGCAACGAGGCGACCGUGGUGAUCUCUAGCAUCUCGAAGUUGGUGGCCGGAGCUGUGACGUACCCCUAUCAGGUCUUGCGUAGCAGGCUGCAAAACUAUGAUGCUGAUGAGAGAUUUGGUCGCGGCAUCAGGGGCGUCGUGCGGAGGAUAUGGCUGGAAGAAGGGUUUAGAGGCUUCUACAGAGGCCUCAUGCCGGGAGUUGUGAGAGUGAUGCCAGCUACAUGGGUCACUUUCCUCGUGUACGAGAACGUCAAGUUCUAUUUGCCGCAUUGGGUUGAGUAA